AUGUCUGAAUAUUGUUUUAUUUGUGCUAAACUUUUAACUGAAAGUGAAGUUGUUACUGUUGAACGUGGUAUGAAGACAUUAAUUAAUGCAAGUAUCGAAAGAGCUGAUGAUUUUUCGGAAUAUCUCAAAAAUCAGAAAUCUGUGACAAUACAUGAAAAUUGCCGUAAAAAUUAUACUCAAAAGUCUUCUAUUGCUGCAGCUAAUAAAAGACAACGUGAAGAACAAGAAGCCAGUACAUCCACAGCAAGUCCUCCUCGUACUAGAUCACGUAUCAGUGAAUCAGCUUUUUGUUUCAAAGAACUAUGCUUAUUUUGUGGCGAGAAAUUAAAUGAAGAGAGUGAAAGAAGAAAAUCUUCAGAUUUUCGGCGUCGAAUCAGCCAAGUAAGUACACUUCAAUUUAAAGAUUCAAUUCUGGAAACAGCUCGGGCUCGUGACGAUGCUUUAGCAAAAGCUGUUCUUGCUUGA